CACGUUGCUAUCGAACUUGCCGGUUGGAGAAAUAGCACCGACGUGAAUCAGUAUCAUAAAUCCCAAAAAUACUACAUUAUUGAAAGCCUAUUUUAGUGCAACUUUCCAGUAACGAUGAAGCGGGGGAGAUUUAACCAAAACAGGCACCGAUCGGGACCGUUCCAGUCCCGUGGACCAUUCCAGUCCCGUGGGCCGUCGGGGAACAAUAAUCGUCCACCCCGGAGCACGAACACCAUUCGCACGUCCUGCAUUGCGGAAAAGGAUAUCUUCUGCACGGAAUACGUUUCGAAGCUGGAAGGCUUUCAAGGCGUCUUGAAAUCAAGAUUUUCCGACUUUCAUGUGAACGAAAUCAACGCCGAUGGAGAGGAAGCGAUCCUAACCGACUUUUCCGUACCCAAACCGGUCGCAGCGGCGGAGGCCAACGAGCAGGAAGCGCCGGUCGAUCCGAACGAGGAGCUCGUCCGAUUAAUCGGCCCGGAGAACGUGAAACGGCUGCAGGAAGUUGUUGCCGGCAUUGGCGAACCAUCCGUGAGCGUUGAUGUUACCGAGAUGGACAAAGAGCAGCGCACCGCCAUCCACAACCGCGUGAAGGCAGUGUUCGGUGCCGCAGUCGUCGGGUCGACCGUCACCGAGGGCGACCGCAAGUUGAUACGGAUCACGAAGUACAGCAAAUCGAUGCCGCGGGACCGGCGCGAAAAGUGGCAGUGGCCCCAUCCGUACACGUACUUCCUGCUGUACAAGGAAAAUCUCGACACCAUCCAGGCGACGAUGCAGCUCGGCCAAAAGCUGUUCUGUGCACCCUCGGUGCUGACGUACGCGGGGACAAAGGACCGACGCGCCAAAACGACCCAGUGGAUGUGCAUAAAGACACGCGAACCGGCCAAAAUCGUCGCCGCGGCCCGACACAUUCCGAACGUGAGUGUGGGCAACUUUACCUUCAAGCCGGACACGCUGAAGUUGGGCCAGCUGCAGGGCAACAGGUUCCGGAUAGCGCUGCGCCAGGUGACGGCCAGCGACGAAACGAUCAACGCCUGUCUGGAAGCGUUCCGGGAAAAGGGAUUCAUCAACUACUACGGUUUGCAGCGGUUCGGCAACAGUGCGACGGUGCCAACGUACAAGAUCGGGAUCGAGAUGCUGAAGGGCAACUGGAAGGGUGCGUGCGAUCUGAUACUGCAGCCGCGCGAAGACGAACCUCCGUUCAUGGUGGAGAUGCGCUCGAUCUGGUCGAAGACGCGCGACGCAGCGGAAGCGCUGAAAAAGCUGCGCCCAUCGAACAAAUCGGUCGAAGCGGUGCUGCUCCACUGGCUCGCCGGUCACGGGGCGAACGAUUACUUCGGCGCAAUCGGGCAUCUGCCGCGCAACGUGCGUUUGCUGUAUCUGCACGCGUACCAAAGCUUGAUCUGGAAUCGGGUCGCCUCGGAACGCAUACGAAAGUAUGGCUUUCAACCGGUCGAGGGUGAUUUGGUGUACGCCGACAGGCAGAAUACUACGACGAUUGUGGAACCGUUUGACGGUGGAGAGGAAGGCGAUUUGGAUGCCGUCGAAGCGCUCGAAGCGCAGGGGGAAGAGCCGGAACAGGGAGGAGAGGAAGCUAACGAUGGCACAUCGGACACAUCGUACUUUAAGAACCUUGUACGACCGCUAACGGCCGACGAUAUCGCUGCGGCACGGUACACCAUGUUCGAUAUCGUACUUCCCCUGCCCGGGCAUGACAUCACGUACCCGGACAAUGAGUGUGCCCGCUGGUACGAGGAAGCGCUGGCCGAAAAUGAGCUGUCGUCGGAGAAGCUGCAGCUGAAAUCGAAAAGUCUUUCGCUGGCCGGCGCCUACCGGAAGCUGUUUGUUCGUCCGGAACGUUUGGAGUGGAGCAUUGUACGGUACGCAAACCCGACGGACACGCUCAUUCUUUCCGACCUGGAAAAGAUGAAAAACGUCCCCGAACCACCGUUUGCCGAAUGGGCUGCAAAAGAAACGGCCCACAAGGCAGUGCUGCUAGACUUUCGCCUUCCAACGUCCACGUACGCGACGAUGGCACUGCGCGAGCUUCUCAAAACCGAUACCUCCUCCAGUAACCAACGAACGCUGGAAAAGUUGGGCCAGGCUGUUGUCGCCCGAGCGGAGGACGAGACGACGGAGGAGAAAAAGGCGGAUGAAGAAAAUGAAUCCAUUCCGGCUACGGACGAUGAGCCUCAAUCGAAAGUGGUGAAGCUGGCUGAAUAGUUAUUUACCCUUUAUUUAAACGGAACAGAAUUGUGUGAAGUUUUUCUAUGAAUAGAACUUUAGAGAAUUUACUGCA